AUGCCCCCCGCGCCUGAAGUGAUUCGUGUCAGCGGAGCAUCAGUGUUUUCGAGCAAUAGCUCGAAAAGUGCGGGGUACCGUUUCCAGAGGUUCGAGGGCGAGGGAGGAGAAGACGAAUCGCAGUUUGAAAGCGCCAUGUUGCUAGAUUUCGAGGCCGCCGAGUUCCUGUGCUUGAAGAUGCGAAGCUGCAUACCUAUCGAGGAUCGUGACUAUGGUUCGACGAUCUUCAAGAAGUCUUUUGUCGGAAGCCAGGCGGUGGAUUGGAUGUGCGAUACCGGUAUUGCUGCGUCGAGAAAAGAGGCGGUGGCCAUCGGCCAACGCCUAGUGGAAUUUGGGCUGGUCGACCACGUUAAUUCGGUCUUCAGGCAGCACAAGUGA